AUGCCGUUGGAACAUUCUCCGGUGAAGCAAGUGCAAGGAGAGCAGGUACAAGAAAAGCAAGUGCAAGAGGAGCAAUCGCAAAACGUACCGAUAUUGAAUCAAUCGCAAUUGCCUCCUCCUCCAAGCGGGCAAGGCUCAAGAUCUGUUUCGUCCGGUUCAUUUCAUGGAUUCACUUGGGAAGAGGGAGUGACACCGGAAACGAUGCAGAAAUUGAGAGGAUUGUUCCGCCAAAGAAGCCACGCCGAGCAAAAGCUUGUGCGGAUUCAACUCACCUUGCGAGACCAGAGAAAUUUGAAGUUGGCCCAGCUGCAAUGCACGAAGGAAAAACUAGUGGCGAUCUAUACCGAGUUCAGCCACUUCCAUAGCGAAAUCAUGGCAUUAAUUCCUGACGAAGCUUCCGAUGAGCAGGACGAAAUAUACUGUAGCUUCGAGGAUCGUCACAGUGAAUUGUCCAAUCGUGUCCAGGAAAUGAUAAAUUAUUCUACUCCUCGAGAACCUACGAACUAUUCCAUUCCUCAACCACAAGUCAUCAUCCAGCAGCAACCGCUAAAAGCGCCAAUACCUACGUUCGACGGCAAUUACUCCAAUUGGCCCAAAUUCAAGGCAAUUUUCCAGGACUUGAUGGCGCAGUCGGGUGAUUCGGAGGCGCUAAAACUAUACCACCUGGAUAAAGCGCUGAUUGGAUCCGCUUCAGGCAUACUGGAUGAAAAGAUAAUCAACGAAGGUAAUUAUCAGCAAGCUUGGAAAGUUCUAACGGAUCGGUACGAAAACAAGCGUGUGAUUGUCGAAUCGCAUAUACGAGGAUUGCUAAAUCUAAAGAGAAUGUCAAAGGGGACAUUUAAAGAACUGGACAACCUGCUGAGCGAAGCAACCGGUCACGUUGAAAGUCUACGGUUCCAGAAACAGGAGCUGAUUGGGAUUUCUGAACACAUCGUAGUGUACCUCAUCGUAACUGCUUUGGACGAUUCAACGCGAAUGGCUUGGGAGCGCACCCAGCAGAGAGGAGAGCUUCCGAAAUACGACCAAACUAUUUUCUUCCUCAAGACGAACUGCCAAAUCUUGGAACAGUGUGAAUCAUCACGAGCUCUAUCUCAGCCAACAAUUCUUAAGACAAAAGCCAUGUCAAGCAUUAGCAAGAUGCCACCGCUAAAAACAAAUGCAGCCACCACAAGCUCCAGUACCUAUCAAGCGUCGUGUCAAAUCUGUGGUGGUGGACAUUUCAACUUCCAGUGUGAAACGUUCACAACUAACUGCCACACAACGGGCAGAAAAGAAACCGGACGGAACAACAGCCAAGAGGGCAAAACAAAUGUCGCUUGCCCACAGUCACCUCGAAUCGUCAAUCAAGAAGCUGCUAUUCAACCUCCUGUUCCGGUGGUGGAUCAAUCCGUAUCCACUACUUGCUCAAGUAACUAUGUUCCAGCAUCGAAGACCGUUCUACUGCUCACUGCAGUCGUCCAAGCCAUAGACAAACAUAACCGACCACAUCCGUGCCGAGUUUUACUUGACAGUGGGUCUCAAGUAAAUUUCGUCACUGAGGAAAUGGCAAACCGCCUUGGUGCUCCUAAGAUGCAAGCUAACGUCCCAAUCACAGGAAUCAACGCUUUGAGAAGCCUAGCUCGGGAUAAAGUCUUCAUUAAAUUUCGAUCAAGCUACGGAGGUUUUCAAGCAAAUAUUGAGUGCCUGGUUACUCCCAAAGUGACUGGUAUUAUUCCGAACGUAAGGAUCGAUUUUGAUUCAUGGAAACUUCCAGAAGGCAUCCAGCUCGCCGAUCCACGUUUCUUCCAUCCAGAAAAAGUCGACAUGCUUAUCGGAGGAGAGCUUUUCUUCGAUAUUUUGAAGCCUGACCACUUUAGCCUUGGUACGAAUCUUCCUCAACUACGUGACACUCAUCUAGGAUGGGUGGUAGCAGGCGUGAUAAACGAGCCGUACAUUUCCAAUGCGGCAAUUCAACAUGCCAACGUUGCGUCAAUCAACACCAUUGAGAAAAUGAUGCAACAAUUCUGGAAUAUGGAGGAAGUACCGGAUGUGUCUCCCUUUUCACCCGAACAACUGUCUUGUGAAGCACAUUUUAUGUCAACAUACGAGCGUAAUGAAACCGGCAGGUUCGUGGUGAGAUUACCCUUCAAGGACAACGUAGAUCUGCUAGAUAAUUGUCGUUCUCUGGCAUUAAAACGAUUUCUUAUGCUGGAGAAACGCUUAGAACGCAAUCCGGAGCUAAAGCAAUCAUACUGCGAAUUCAUCAAACAAUAUGAGGAGCUUGGCCACUGCCGGGAAAUCAAGGAGGCGGACGAUCCACCGAAUUUGAGCACCUACUACCUUCCACACCAUGCUGUUCUACGACCGUCGAGCUCAACCACCAAGUGUCGUGUGGUAUUCGACGCUAGUGCCAAAUCGGAGACGUCUAAAUUAUCGCUCAACGAAGUGCUACAGGUCGGUCCGGUGGUGCAAAACGGGAUAUUUUCCAUUACGCUGCGAUUCCCAACGAGGUGUUUGGUGCAGCUAGCUAAGGAUGAUGGCGCUGAUUUUCCUAUCGGUGCUCGCAUUCUGAGUGAAGACUUUUACGUCGAUGAUGCCCUGUCUGGUGCCAACACUAUAGAAGAAGCCAUCGAGUGUCAACGUCAACUAAAAUUUCUUCUUGCUCGAGGUGGAUUUCACAUCCACAAAUGGUGUUCAAACUCGAACGAAUUCCUCGAACACAUACCACCAGCCGAUCGUGAAAGGAGGGUUCCAUUAACCGAAUAUGGACCGAACGAGGUGAUAAAGGUGCUUGGUUUAUUGUGGGAUCCUAACGUCGACGUCUUUUUGAUUGCUAAUCCACCUAGCAGUUGUAUUCCGAAAGAUAAGCCAGCCACAAAACGAGAAAUUUAUUCUGAGGUGGCAAAGUUAUUCGACCCACUUGGGCUUUUCGCGCCGGUUAUCGUUAUUGCCAAGCUAUUGGUACAACAGCUGUGGAGAACGUCAGCAGGAUGGGAUGAUCCAAUCGACAAAACAUGUCAAGAAAAUGGUCUGUUCUUCAAGUGUCGCUGCCAGAACUUCAACUUAUCAAGGUUCCACGAUGUGUUGCAUUUCCUGAUAGUGUCGCUUAUGAAUUGCAUGGCUUCGCUGAUGCAUCAAAUGUGGCUUAUGAUGCCUUUUCGAAGAGUUGUCCUUUGGUCGGACAGUACAAUCGUUUUGGCUUGGCUCAAGAAGCCAUUGGAUCAGCUUCAAACGUUCGUGAGGAAUCGGAUUGCGAUUAUACAAACAGAGACCAAGGAGCAUGAAUGGAAUUAUAUUCGUUCGGCAAACAAUCCCGCCGACAUCGUUUCACGAGGGCAGCUGCCGGAGGACUUGAAACAAAACAUCCUUUGGUGGAAUGGUCCACAUUUUCUGGAGGAGUGCACAUACGAGGUCGACGAAGUUGAAGAAAUUCCCGAGAACAAUCUUCCUGAGCUUAAAGCUCAUGUUGCAACGCCUGAAAGUAGCUGCGACCCUUUUCCAUUCUUCCUGCAUCAUAGUUCGUUUAGGAAAAUCCAACGUAUCAUGGGAUAUGUUUUGAGGUUUAUCAGCAACUGCCGGGGUAUCCGGACAUCGAAUCCGGUGAAACAAAUUCAUCUCACUAUCGUAGAACUUCGUCAAGCAUCAGAAGCAAUCGUGAAGGUGAUCCAGCGUUUGCAUUUCGGCGAUGAAAUUCAACGAGUGGUUUCCAAACAAACAUGUAAGCGUCUUGGCAACCUGAGUCCAGUGUAUGAUAACGGCUUACUACGAGUCGGAGGGCGAUUGGAUCGCUCUAAAUUGCCGUUUGCAUCGAAGCAUCAACUCAUUAUUCCCGACAAAGAUCCUGUAAUAAAGAAAAUGAUUAGUGCGUUGCAUGUAGAACAUCUCCACGUUGGACAAACUGGUUUAAUCAGUGUUAUUCGCCAAAGAUACUGGCUCCUGAACGCGAAAUCUACUGUGCGACAAGUCGCUCGUUCCUGUGUCAAAUGUUUUCGUGUUAAUCCUGUUGAAAUCAAGCAGCUGAUGGGGAAUCUACCGUCGUCAAGAGUCGUGCCAUCACCACCUUUCGCUGUGACUGGGGUGGAUUAUGCAGGUCCGUUCCAAGUGAGACAAGGUUCACAUCGUCCGAUGCUGAUGAAAUCGUAUGUUGCGGUUUAUGUAUGUAUGGCGACGAAGGCUGUGCAUUUGGAAAUUGUAUCGGAUUUAUCAACUGAUGCCUUCCUGGCGUCAUUAAGAAGAUUUGUUAGCAGAAGAGGAAUGGUACAGCAAAUACAUUCGGACAAUGCUACUAAUUUUCACGGAGCGGAGAAUGAACUACAUGCGUUAUACCAGCAAUUCCAAGACCAACAAGUGGUGAAGAAAAUCCAACAGUUUUGCCAAGUUCGGGAAAUCCAGUGGCAAUUCAUUCCACCGGACGCACCAGAGUUCGGUGGUCUCUGGGAAGCAGCAGUUAAGGCGACGAAAUUCCACCUGAAGCGCAUAGUGGGCAAUGUAAAACUCACGUUUGAAGAAAUGGCGACUAUUCUGACGGAGAUAGAAGCUAUUUUGAACUCUCGUCCAUUGUUCAGUUUGUCCAGUGAUUCAUCAGACCCACAGGUAAUUACACCAGCUCAUUAUUUGAUAGGUCGACCCUUGAAUGCUCCAGCCGAGCCAUCCUUGGAAGAUAUCAAGGUCAACCGACUUGAUAGAUGGCAGCAUCUGCAACUAAUGCGUGAGCAUUUCUGGCGAGCGUGGUCUAGGGACUACCUCAAUACUCUUCAGCCACGUAAGAAAAACCUACAUGUAACAACACCACUGCGGCCUGGAAUGGUAAUCCUUCUCCACGAUAAGAACCAACCACCGCUCAGUUGGAAACUGGGCAGAAUCACAGCUGUGUAUCCAGGUGAUGACGGCUUAGUCCGAGCCGUUGACGUAUUCAGCAAUGGAGCAACCUACCGCCGGCCCAUCAACAAGGUUUCAGUUCUUCCUAUUGAGGACAACAUCGUCUCUUCUUCUGUGCCUAGUUCUGUUGAUACGAUGUCUCAACCGGGGGGAGAAUGUUCCGUUCGUCACAGCAGCGACGCCCAAUAUUGA